GGGCUCCGGUCCCGGCGGCAGAAAUAGGGCAGCCGCGGCAGCGGUGGCACAGCGGCGGGCGGCGGAGGCUCGGAGAGCUGGAGCUUGGACUAUCUCUAGCACGCCAGGGGACCAGCCGACAGCCGGAGACGACCCAGCCGAGGACGCGGGGUCCGGGUCGCCGCCUCUGUCGCCGCCACGGGGCGCUCCCUCCCUUCCACCCGAGUCCGGCCACCUGGUCAUUCCCUCGGCCCCGGCCGCCGUAGACUGGACAAAAUGAAACCAGGAGGCUUCUGGCCACAUCUUGCCCUACUCGGGGUCUCCCUGCCGGCCGUGCUGGGAUGGAUGGACCAAGGAGCCAGCAGAAGCCCGAAUAUGGUUCCAGGAGAGUCGCAGGCAGAGGAAACCAGAGGCUUUGAAGUCACAAGAAGAGAAGGUCUUCCCAGCCCUGGGCUGUCAGCCUCCUGUGGGAAGAAACUCUGCAGCCAUGGGAGCAGGUGCUUGCUCAAUAGGACGACAGGGCAGCCCUCGUGCCAGUGUCUGGAGGUGUGCAGGCCCCGCUACAUGCCUGUGUGUGGCUCCGACGGGAGGCUCUACGGGAACCACUGUGAGCUUCGCCGUGCAGCCUGCCUGCUGGGCAAGCGAAUUGUCAGUGUACACAGCAAGGACUGCUUUCUCAAAGGAGACAUGUGCACCAUGGCUGGCUAUGCUCGUCUCAAAAAUGUCCUCCUGGCACUCCAGAGCCGCAGACAGCCGCUCCCACAAGGAACCCCCAGGCAAAGCCUCGCCUCCCAGAAGCGCCUCUUGGUGGAGUCACUGUUUAAGGACUUGGAUGCCGACGGCAAUGGGCACCUCGGCAGCUUGGAGCUGGCUCAGUAUGUGCUAAAGGAGCAGGACAUGGACGGUUCACUGAACAGAUGCUCACCCAGCGACCUCCUGCGAUUUGAUGACUAUAAUAGCGAUGGCUCCUUGACCCUUGGAGAGUUCUACACAGCCUUCCAGGUGAUUCAGCUAAGCCUCGCCCCUGAGGACAAGGUCAGUGUGACUACCGUGACCGUGGGCCUGAGCACAGUGCUGACCUGUGCUAUUCGUGGAGACCUGAGGCCACCAAUCAUCUGGAAACGCAACGGGCUCACUCUGAGCUUCCUAGGCCUGGAAGACAUCAAUGACUUUGGCGAGGAUGGUUCCCUGUACAUCACCAAGGUGACCACAGUCCACAUGGGCAACUACACCUGCCACGCCUUGGGCCAUGAGCAGCUGGUCCAGACCCACGUCCUGCAGUGCCACCAGUCAUUCGUGUCUAUCCAGAAACCCAGGCACAAGAACCUGGGGUGGCAGCCAGCCUUCGAUGCCAUGCUGAGGGCAUCCCCCUGCCCAGAAUCAUUUGGCUGAAAAACGGCAUGGAUGUCUCAACCCAGAUGUCCAAACAGCUCUCCCUCUUGGCCAAUGGAAGCGAACUUCACAUCGGCAGUGUCCGCUAUGAAGACACCGGAGCAUAUACCUGCAUUGCCAAGAAUGAAGUGGGUGUGGAUGAAGAUAUCUCCUCACUCUUCAUUGAGGACUCUGCUAGGAAGACAUUGGCAAACAUCUUGUGGCGGGAAGAAGGCCUCAGCGUGGGAAACAUGUUCUAUGUCUUCGCUGAGGAUGGCAUCGUUGUCAUCCACCCUGUGGACUGUGAGGUCCAGAGACGCUUGAAACCUACAGAGAAGAUCUUCAUGAGUUAUGAAGAAAUCUGUCCUCGUGUGGAAGGAGAUGCUACCCAGCCAUGCCAGUGGGCCUCUGCAGUCAACGUCAGAAACCGGUACAUCUACGUGGCCCAGCCAGCACUGAACAGGGUCCUUGUGGUCGACGUUCAAGCCCAGAAGGUCCUACAGUCCAUAGGUGUGGACCCUCUGCCAGUCAAGCUGUCCUAUGACAAGUCACAUGACCAAGUGUGGGUCCUGAGCUGGGGAGACAUGCACAAGUCCCAACCAAGCCUACAGGUGAUCACAGAAGCCAGCACUGGCCAAGGCCAGCACCUCAUCCGAACACCGUUUGCAGGAGUGGACAAUUUCUUUAUACCGCCAACAAAUCUCAUCAUCAACCAUAUCAGGUUUGGCUUCAUCUUCAACAAGACUGACCCUGCUGUCCACAAAGUUGACCUGGAGACUCUGAUGGCACUGAAGACAAUCAGCCUACGUCACUACGGCUGCAUGCCUCAGGCCAUGGCACACACCCACCUUGGUGGCUACUUCUUCGUGCAGUGUCAACAGGACACACCUACCUCCACCGGCCCACAGCUGCUCAUUGACAGUGUCACAGACUCGGUGCUAGGCCCCAACAGUGAUAUCACAGGCACGCCCCACGUGUCCCCUGACGGACGCUUCAUCGUCAGUGUCUCCAACAAGGGCCCCUGGCUGCACGUGCAGGAGGUCACAGUGCGGGGGGAAAUCCAGACGCUAUACGACCUAAAAAUAAACCCAGGCAUCUCCGACUUGGCAUUCCAGCAUUCCUUCACAGAAGGUAGUCAGUACAACGCCUAUGCCACUCUCGACAAGGAGCCAGACCUGCUCUUCCUGGAGCUGUCCACUGGGAAGAUGGGCAGGCUGAAGAACUUAAAGGAGCCACCCAGAGGGCCAGCCCCAACCUGGGGUGGACCCCGCAGAGUCCUGAGAGACAGCGGGCUCUUUGGACAGUACCUCCUCACACCAGCUCAAGAGUCACUGUUCCUGGUCAAUGGGAGACAAAACGCCCUGAGGUGUGAGGUUUCAGGCAUAAAGGGUGCGGCCACAGUGGUGUGGGUCGGGGAGGUAUGAAAGUUGGUAAAGAACCACCCUCAUCCUGACUCCGCAGCCCCAACCAGGCGCGCUGUACAUUUUCACAGACAAAAACAAAAACAAAAAUACAAAAAAUACAAAAAAACAAAAAACAAACAAAAAAACAAGCCAAACCCUGUACUUCGCUUUGUGGUUCAACACUGAUCUCUGUGCAAGUUCCCUAGUAUAAGAUAUGUGCUGCAACCAAGAUUGGGUGGUUUUCAUCCAGAAGUAUGAUUUAAUACCGUGAGCUAUGAUGAGAACACACACUGCUUGUGUGCAGGAAAGUCAUCUCCGUGCCCGGUUGCACACCGUGUUGCCUGGGGGACACCACAGAACCGAGGGAUCCUGCUGCCCAGGCUGACACUUCUGUCAGUUGCCUUCACGUAGUCAUUAUCAUAACCUGCCCAGCCCCAGCCAGUCUGUGCCCUGGAGGAUUGGCCUGAGCAGCAGGCUGUCCCUCUCAGCGAGCUAACAUACCCUGCCUGCCAGGAACCUCACUUGAGCCAUUAACUGAUGCUGUUUGCUUGCUUUCCCAUCUGAAUGCUAUCUCCAUGAGGGAGAGCCUCUGAGACUUACUACACCUUGGGGGAUGGGGAAAUCACUCUCUUUAUUUUGGAAUUUUUUUUUAUUAAAACUAGUUGGUUUUUUUUUUUUUUUUUUUAAUAAUCUCAGAUGCUAGGAGGCAGAUAGAUGCUCUCCAAGGUCCUGAUAAAUUAUUCCCAUCCUUAGGCGAAGUCUCUGAAGAGAAAGGGUUCCAAUCUUACAUGAGCAGAAAACAAAAUGAUAUCCAAGAAACAGAGGCACUCCACACCAUUGUGUUGUUGACCAUGUACAGCCCAUACCACCAUGGUAAAAAUCUAUGCGGGAACCCCAAGAGACCAAGCUGAGGUUUCACCAUAGAAAGGUAUUAAGGAAGCCUAACGUACCAGCAGAAGUCCAGACCCAGGGCAGACCAGGCUUGCCUGGCAAGGGAUAGGCAGUCUCUGGGCUCAGUGCCAAAAUCUAGAAGCCACGAGUGCCAUCCAUCCAGAGUCCUAAGGCUGUGUUUCUGCACAAGCAGUUGGCACUAAUGCCUCAGCCACUGUCACCACACUGCAAGAGAGCCCUGUUCCCUAAGUGUUCUCAUUCCCACACUCUAAGCUACACAGUCUCCAACUUGCAGAACCUACAAAGGACCGUGUCAGUCCCUCCUCUUCCUGCCUUCAGUAUGCUCUCAAGCCAUCAGGAAGAGGCACAACCCAGCCAGCUCUACAGGGACCACCUCUGUCCGAGCCCCUCAGCAAGGAGAGCCCCUACCCAGGUCUCCCCAAACACUCCUGUCCACUCCCAUGUCAGUGGUCAAAAUAUGCCUGCUUUCUAGCUUGAAUAAUCAUUCUGCAAACCCUACAGCAUUAAGACAGUGGGUCUACCCCCACCCUUCAGCUACCUUAGCUACUUCAUCUACCAACAAUGGCCGUGACUUUGAAAACACAGACUGUACUUCAUUCCUGCUUCCUGUGUAAGUACUCAAUUGCCUGUGCCAGUUUACUGCCACUAGUCCAGCCUGCCCCACAUCUCCUGUCUCUCAGUCCACUAAACAACUGUCCCUUACAGUCCCCAGUAGUUGUCUGUAUAUGUGCUAUCAUGUUUCAGAUUUGGGUAACGACAAGACACAUAGAGGUUGAAGAUGCUGACCUCAGAGGCCUAAUGGUCAUCUUCACACCUGGGGUGGAUGGUGACGUAUUUUAUCUGCCUCAGUAUCUUGAUAUGAUCCCCAGAGUCCUAUGUUUUCAUUAAAACCUUCCAAUGUUUGUAAUUUUUUUCCUUUUGAAAGAAUAGUGCCUGCCUCUGGCAGAAGAAUCCCUGAGCCUAAGAGGCAGAGCAUCACCACACACACACACACAUACACACACACAUAUCCCACCAAGGCCAGAGCAUCAUCUCUCCCCAUCCCACCAAGACCAGAGUACCUAUCCUCUUUGGAUGCAGGAUUCCAGAAUCAAAGGCCAGUCUGUUCCACCAGACUGGAUGAAAGCAGGGGUGCUACUUGGCCACUGUCUGUCUGUCUGUCUGUCUGUCUCUCUCUGUCUCUCUCUCUCCCUCUCUCUCUCCCUCUCUCUCUCUCUCUCUCUCUCUUUCUCUCUCCAUAUACCUGUAAGGCACCCACACAUUUUUCUAUUCUUCUGGUAGAAUUGCCGGAGAAAGCCACCAUAUGUCUAGUGACCUGCAUGCAGGACUUAGUUAAAUUGAGAAAUCACAAGUCUGAGACCUACUCUGAUGUCAGUAGCUCAGCCCAGGGCACAGCCAUAAAAGUGGAGUGGCUUCCUGUAGAGGAAGGCAGAGGACUACAGAGAAAUCUUCCCCUCUCUUCAUUGUGGGCCCAGAAGAGACUCCGGAAUAGAGUUUAAAUCCCAAUAGUGGAAGGUGGUGACACAAGUGAGUCUCCUGCCACAAGCCCAGCCCAACGGGUUGUUCUGAGGAACACAAAGAUCAACAGCUAACAGUUUACCCAGGGAGGAUUGGUUUAACCAACAAAAUCACCAGGAAAGCUAUUUCUAUAAACCCCAUCUGUAAUUCUUAACAGUCAACUAACAUCAUAAACACCCAGCCAUUCUUUUCUUUCCAGAAAACAAACACAAAUUCUCUGCAUCUGUAGCUCCUGGUUUUCCUUCUGCCCCAAAGUCCUCUUUCUUAACAUCCUACCCAGCCACCCAUGAGUGCAUGGAAGAGAGACUUCCUGCUUCUGAGUCUGUGACCCUCCUGUCUAAACAGACCAGAGGGUAGGCAACCCCCAAUAUGCUAAGGGAAUCUCUUCAGUCCCCACAUCACACAAAUAUCCUGCUGCCUUCCUGGAUCCCGGGAGGAGGCUGGGAAAGGCCUGAAGUCAUGGCUGGGAUCAAAUACUGAUGCAGAGCUGCAGGUUCUUUGAUGUGGAGAGAGAGAGUAUCACCAGAGAAGUUCAGUCUCUCUGCUGCAUACCCCACCACACACUGAGCUAUCUCCCCCUCCACCUGCUCCUCUGUUGAGGAAAGGGCUCCCAACUGAAGGGGCUCACCCCAGGAAGGCAGCUCCCACCCCAAACAAAGCCAAGAGCAGCAGCUUGCUGCCAUGAGGCAUGGGAACUUCCGAAUCUUUGUUCAGCUAAGCAGCCAGGAGUUGGCUUUGUACAGCCGCAUCUUCUUGUUUGUCUGUUGACCAAUAACCUGUGAACUAAGGGAGAUCUCAGAACUGAGAUGUGAAACAGAUUCGCUCUGGAUAUAUUUUUGUACCACGGGCUAAAGUGUAGUUGCUUCAUUUCUUUUUCAUGUGUUUCAUCCGAGUACCACUGAUGCUGAACCAUCUCCUACCCUCCCAGAAGCCUCCUGGAGAAUUGUCACCACUGCCCCUCCCCUCUGCACACCCACCAAUCUACCUCACAUCUUCCUCCCAGGCACCCAGCACCCCCAGAAUGCCACCCCAGGAGGCCAAAGGUGACAGAAGACUACCGUAGCACGGACUCAGAAGUCCUCCACCAACCGCGCCCCGAGUCCCACUCCAUGUGUGACCAGAACCCACUGGGACCGCACCUUGUUGUCCAGAAUCACAGCCCAGACCCAAGCUCUCAUCUCUACAGGCUUAGAAGCCGAAGACUAGGGAAAACACCUUCAGAGUGGCCAGAAAGACGGACCUUUGUCCAACAGUGACAGAGCUGGUGACAUUUCAUUUCAACCCCGUCUCAUGCUAAGCAGCCCACGGGCUCCGACCUCCAUCUGCUCCCGCUUCACUCACUAUUCCUGGUUCCCUCCCUGAAUCCCAAGGCCCCUGCUCCUGAGAUCUCCUAGAAUGGCCCUCAUCCUUCAAGGAGCAACAACCCUCUACUGCACCAGCUUCAUGCAUCCUUUGCCCACAACGCUCCUUGCUUUGAGGAUUCAAGUGAGAAGUUACUCACAGACCAGAAGUUACUCACAGACCACUUGCAACCAGGCCACGACAGAGACAAACUGGAUUUCUUCAAGAACAUCACUAACUGCCUUCAUUGGGUUUUUACUCCACAACCACAGAGAUGCUCAGUGGGACACUUAAAAGAUCCAACAGGAGCAGGGCACACAGGGUGUGACCACAAGAUGCCACAUGGCUGGUGGAAGGCGACAUACUUCCUGCUUACUGCUCUAGCUGGAGGACCUGUGUGUCUCGGCUGAGCCUGUGGACUUGGACAUCAGCUCCCCAGCAGACGCCUAAAGAUUAUAAGUGAGCAUCAUCCUAGUCCUCCACAGUCUCCUUUGGCUCUUUGGGUAUCUAAUUACACUUUGAGGAAGUAUCAUUUAACCAAACACAAUGGGAGAAAUUAUGGGAUGUAUAGGGAGAGAAGAAAUGGACUUCAGAAUUCGUAGUGAGGCUUUUUAGCAGGCACCAGCGCAUUUAGAAUGUUUUUGCAUUUUAUAUGAAGUCACAAUUGUGCACCUUUCUUUCCAAGCUCAACUUUACGACCAGUGACAGUCCAUGUCCCAUGGCUUACCCCCCCCACAGCUCCCACCAAUCAAGGAGCAUCUGCCUGCUACUGUCUCGGCAUCAUGUUGCCUCCACUCAUGACGCCUUACUGCUUUAGGGUUCCAAUGAAAAGUCACUCAUGGCCUAGGGAACAUGGCCCUACCCUAAACAACUCUAGAGAACCUGGCCUACACGCACAAAGCCUUGUGUAUGAACUGACCCUCUACACCAAGCCUUGGUGUCAUGUUGCUCUCCAAAGUUCACCUUCUAAGAAAGGGAAACCAGCCUUGAAUGGCUGAGAGAUGCAGGGCUCUCUAAACUCUAAAUCCUUAUCCACUGUUGAGCACACCAUCUCUAGGGAUGGGAGAGAAACAAGCCUAUAGGAGGUCAGCCCCAGCCCACUGUGCCCCACGAUGGUAGCGCCCCGUACUCACACCCUCCCUGCCUGCCUCCUCUGCCUUCCCUCCAUAGCUCCCCAUGUUCCCCAGUGAUGCUGCCCUGCUUCCUGAAGGCUGUGUAAAAAUAAAUGACCCAAAGUGAAACUGGGCAUGAAGUUUUGCUGGAGUGGUCGCACAUUGUUUCACGCUAUUGUGCUGCCAAAUGACCCUCAAGUUGUGGAUCCCCAUACACCAUCAAGAGAGUCAUCCUCUCCCCCCACCUCAGAAAAACAAAAAAACCACCUUUGGAUCUCUUACAUUGAGGCAGGUUACAUUCUUUUGAGCAGUUGUGUAGACUCCAAAAUAUAUUUUCUGUAAUCAGUAUUUCUCAAAAGGCCACCUGUAAUUAUUAAUACACAUGUGAAUUUUUCCUUAUUUAUAAGAUAUAUAUAAAUUAUUUUUAAUACAUCAACUUUAGUAGAAAUUUGUACCAACCCAGUAACUGUAUGUGGCAUUUGAAAUAAGUUUGUGUUUCUGUUGGUGUGUGACAUUGUAUUGAACACACGCUGCAUUUACCGCACCACUUGGCAAAAGAAAAAAAGACUCACAGAUUAUCAUAAGGGACGGUCAUUGUCGAUGCUCUUUUUCUGAGGAUUUUACAAUAAAACUUGAAAAAAAUUA